AUCAUCCACGAAUUACGCUCGCAAUGGUCAAGUCCAAGCAGUUUCUCAAAACCCCGAAACUCCCUAAACAACAGAAAAAACAAAAGGUGCCUUUUUCAAAUUCUUCCGUAGCCAUAUUUAACAGUGUAUUGACUGUCCUANNGAUCCUGGUGACUGCAGACGACUUUCAGGAGGCCGCCGACGCCGAAGAAGAAACAGGAGGCAAAUGGAGAGCUGGUGACCCUGCUAAAUCAAGCCGUGCCUUUGUCAGAGCUAUUGAGAUCUACAAUAAUGGCUUGCAGAGACACCCAAAAGACGCUGAUUUGGCCUACAACAAANGCUCGCCUCGACAGCCAACUCUGGUAGCCAAGCUCCCAAUUCCAUUACUCGACUUCUUGCAGCAGGCCUUGACCUCUCAUCGUUAUGCCCUACAGCUCAAUGCAGAGUCAGCCGAUGUUCUCUUCAACACUGCUCAAGUCAUGAUCACUAUUGCAGAGUAUGUAACAGAAGCAGGCAUAUUCAGCGCACAGGCCGACUCAGCAGCCCUUCUCCGCGAGGCACUUGAGCUGCUGUCGGCAUGUUUCACUCGCCAGGAGAUGCUCGUCGAAGAGCAGAACGCAAACUCUAUGGAGGCAGAAGGUGGUGUGCCAGUCGAACAACAAGCCCCACCAGCUGAGCUUGAAGCUUCAUCUUCUCGAGCAGCGGAGGAUGCAGAUUCUGAGGGAGAGGAGGAAGGUGAAUAUGUUUCUGUACAAGCAUACAUCACACCUUCUGAUCUGUUGGACACGGCACGUUCUAGUCUGACUGCCUUGACUCUGCUUAUCACUCUCGACGACCCUUCCAACGUGUCUNNCCCCCUAGCCAAGAUGGGCAUCACCUUGGUGGAAGACAAAAUCCCUCAAUACCUCUCCCAAAUCGAGGCCGAAGAACGCACUCAGGAAGAACCCGAGAUCGCUCUCGAACGCGCAGAGUUCCACGCAGCCCUCACAGUAGCAGACCUCAAACUCGGCUCUGCAACCGCAAACGACAGUCUCAGCCGCCUGCAACAAGCCUUCGAACCCCUAGACAUAACCACAAACGUAGCAGUCAUGUGCACCUACGCCGACAGCCUCGUCGAACUGACCACUACCGCUCAAAACUUCAGCCCUUCAAGCGCAGCAACAACUUGCUGGUCCACAUUGUCCAAAGCACAAGACCUCUACGCCGCUGCAGUCAAAAUCAACGAUGCAGAAGCUAAAGCACGCAAAGCUCGUGUCUACGAAUCACGCGGCGAUGUCGAGUUAUUGCGCUUCAACCUCGCCACUACACCUGCCGCUGGUCUCUCAACUGCCAUCCAAAAGAGCGCUCCUACUUUGAUCAAGAAUGCCCAAACGUAUUAUCGUGGUGCUAUGAACCUUUUCCGUGCUGAGGGCGAUGCUGAAGCAGCUGCCAAGGUGGAAGUCAGAGGAUUGAUCGCUGCCAUGCUCGAGGGCAAGCUCAAUGGCAACAUCGAGCAGCAGAUCAUCGCUGCAUUGGGUCAAAAAGGAGAAGCCGGAAGAGCUGUGGCAAUGGAUAUGUUAAGAGAAAGCCUGUUGCCUGAGGAUUGGGAUCAAGGAGUAAUG